AUGAACGAAGAUUCCGGUGGGGUGGGCGACAACGUCGUGUACCGUCUCUCCGCCCAAGAGGAAGCGGCGUUGCUGGCGGAAUACGGAACGGAGGGACCGUUCGGCGAUGGCGUCGACUGGGCAGCUCCAAGUCACUUCAAGUCAGGUCUUGGAGAUGGGGACGUGUUUCUCACAGGAGCCACGGGAGCGGAGGAGGAUGCGGCGGAUAGUAGACUCACUAAAGAAAAGGGUGCGCUGUGCGAGGCCACCGCUGCUUUGAAAGGGCGGCGCCAUUCACGUGACCGAGCAGCGUAUACGGACCCUCUAACGCUGUACCUGCUACGGCAUGCCCCGUCUCUCGUCCUGCCAAGUCGAUCCACUCCGGCAUCGCUGGCGCAGCCUAUCAGCAGCCUGGUGAGCUCUUUUGAAGACGCCGACGACGUGAGGGGGAAAGGAGGCCCAUCCGCAUCCGCAGUGGGGAUGGGCGGGAACAAGUUGGAUUCCUCCUCGCGGUUUGCGCCGGUCCUGCGAAGCGGCAAGGAGUGGGAGCGACGCGCUAGUUUGGUCGUGCGGGGCAUCCCCACCACUGCUUUUGCAUCCUAUCUUUUGCUCCCGGAAGACGACGACAAAGACGUCCAGGCGCCUUCGUCUUCGGCUAAGUCCUCUCACUACCCUGACACUCACGGAGAUGCUGAGGCGGACUUCAGUAAGCUGAUCGGCACCACCGCCGAUAUGCUGCGCGAUGCAGACGAUGUGUUAGAGGUGCUCGCAGCGCCCGUCAAUCAGGCGCAACAGGAGGCGGAGGUACAGCGCCGCAUCGAGGAGCUCCAGCGGCGCGAAGCUCUUGUCUCGGAGGACUUUGUCGAUCAGUUCUUUGAAAAGGAAGAGGUUUUGAACGGGGAUGACGACGACAUGCGCAGCCAUGAGCUUCUUCAACGUGCGCGAGAGGGUUGUCAACGACUUCGCGUAGCCUUGGCGUCGUCCGCCGACGGCACAGCAUCCAACGUGCUGUCCACCAACAGUCAGUCACAGGAAGAAGGUGUUGUCGUUCAACCAUUGUCGUUUUCACUUCCUGUAGAGGCUGAGUACCUCUACGCGUUUGAGAUGCAACUUCCGUCUUCUGUGACACGGUUGGGUGCUGCUGACACGUGUGAAGCGGACGAGAAGCCACCGCGCUCACCAGUGGAUGCACCGCUGACCGCGCAGGAAGGUGAACUUCUGCCGUUACAACUGCCAAGUUCUCCACCAGAGUCCGCCGCAACAGCAGAGCCACAGCUGCAGCAGGAGCAGGAAGAGGAGGCGUCUAUUCCGCUGCUCAUCCUCCGCAGCUCCGCCCUGCUACAGGACAUCGCCGCGGCGGAGCAGCGAGACACGCAGCUGCUGCAACAGCUGGUUGAGGCCCAUGAGCGUCGUCAACUGGACCAUCAUCGCACUGGAGAACAGCAACGUGGCCUUGGCGGUCAAAUCGCGAAGAGAAGCAACCGCGACGCGCUGGGCUUGGUCGCUUUACCGUCCUUUGUGGAGCGACUGGACAUCCUUAUCUCGCCGACCCACGAUGAACAACAAGAGCGCGACCGUCACACGCACAACAGUGGCACCACACCGGAUCAAAUGAACGGUGCGCGUACAGGCCUGCGCGAUGCCCAGCGCACAAUCCUCCAUAGCGGUGGGAAAGACGAGGAACAACUUCAAGUGGGUUCCAACGAAUCAAAGACGGAUGGCGUAGUAGCAGCAACGGCAGCCGAUUCGGCUGCCGCUCCUUCUCUCGAGGACAUUCGUCGACAGGCCGCCGUCGAGUCCUUCCUGCUGCUCUGCGAGUCGGAGGAGGAGCGUCGCAUGCGGAAGGAGGACGAGUUGGUGGAGCGCGAGGCCCGGGCCGCGGAGGAGAUGCAAGGACUCUACACGGAUCAACUUGCCGCCCUGCAGGACGACGCACUCCGUGGCCGUCACGUUAUCCUCACCGAAGAGGCGGCCGCUCUGAAGGAGUUGUCCACGGCGCGAGUGAAAGAUGCGGCGCUGGCGCGCCACGUCGAGCAGCUGCGGCGACUGCAGCAGACGGAGGCGCUGGUGUACACGCUGGUGAUGGAGUGGGAGGUGCACCGAGAGCAACUUCUGCAGGACGAGACCUUGACGUUUCAGCGUCUCACACGCGACGCGGAAGAGGCGAGGGGGCAGGCGGUCGCCGCUACGGAGAAGCGAGAAAGCGGAGAAGCGGCGGCGGCGCGUGCGUAUCUCACAGCCUUGCGGCACGCCUUCGAAGAGCGCCGUUCGGCCCUAGUAGAGGGUCCUGCGGGUGUGAAACUCGGCCUGAUCUCGGCGCAGCUUCGGAGCACUGCGUGGUAUCGCUGGCGUAUUGAGCCGCUUUUGCAGGAGCGUGCGAUGCUGACGCAGUGGGCGGUGGGGCAGCGGAAGCAGAUGGAGAGUGUGAGUGAGCUUCUUGCCGAGGCGGAGACGCGGUACCGUCGACACAUCACGGCCGCUGCGCCAUCGACGGACGUGGCGCACGCAGCAGGGCACGUUGUGCGGGUGUCGGAAACCCCGCCCACGAAGAGCUUCAGCAUUGAGACAGAAGCCGGUGCACUCACAGCAGAGAAGCUGCUGCAGCUGCUGUGGUCCGCCUUCAGCGCCGCGGUUCGCCAGCCACCGCAAGCAGCGCAGUAUCUGGCGCGUUGGUGUCUCUCACUGGAGAACAUCGACUCCAUUGAGUGGCAGCAGCUGCAAUUGCUGGAGCUUAAAGGCGAAGGAGGCGCAGGCGUCACCGUGGGCGCCGCGAAUUUGGUGAAGGACAUGGACCUGAGUGGCAACCCGCUGCGCGGCAUGGAUCUGCUGCAGGCGGUGCGCACCUUUCCUUUUUUACAGCGCCUCACUAUCUCGCACGCGCAGCUGCAGAAGCUCGAUUUCGCUGAUCCGGGGCAAACUUCUCAGCAGCGCGGCGACGUCCAGUACCCCGCCCCCAGAUGCGUCUCCGCAUCCUCUGCCACUUCGGACGACGGCGGCGUUGCUUCCGCGCACUCCUCACCGCGCCUGCGUCACAUUUCCGCUGCUCGUCAUCACGCCUUGGCCGAACAAGUCCACCUUCUCGAGGUGGACGUCUCUUCGAACCACUUAACCUCUCUCGACCCGCUCGGUGUGAUGGCCACCUCGUCGUUGACCCGCUGUGUGGCGGUGGACAACGAACUCGCAUCUCUCGACUCUCUGGCCGCCUGCACGCAGCUGCGAGGGAUCACGGUAGCACACAAUAAACUUACGUCUGUCCAGUGCCUGCAGGGGCUGCCGCUCCUGCGGGAGCUGGAUGUCGGCAACAAUCACCUGCAUCAGUUGGAUGAAGAUUCUACGGCACGGGCGAGCAGCGGCGUCACGGCCAACCCUGUCCCGAUGUGGACAAAGCUCUUUGCCUCCCACAACCACCUGCAGAAGUUCCCUUUCUCGUUUCGGGCUGUGUGUCCGUUCCUGAGCCAACUCUUCAUCAACCACAACGAGCUCACGGAACUGGAAGCGGAGGCGAUGGCGGCGCUGCCGCUGUUGCGCGUCCUGCAGGCGGAGGGAAACAAACUGACCGACAUCCGCGGCCUGCAGCGUUGCCCACGGCUGGAAUCGGUGAAGCUGUCGCACAAUUUACUGUCCACAGUGAGCGCCCUCCUCCCGCUUGGGUCGUGUCGACACUUGCAAGUGGUUGACCUCAGCGGCAACCCGCUCUUCCCAGAAGGCGACUCUGAGGCGGCGCGACAAAGCACGCGAUUGCUGUGCGGCAUGCUACCUCGGCUAGAGGAGCUGAACAACGUCCCUGUACGGCGCCAAACGGAAAAACAAAGCCACUCCCACAGUAUGCCGGUGCAUGGUGUUGCAGAGGCGGCGGUGGGGGCGAUACGCAAUGCGGCACAGCUGGUCAUUGAGGCUUGCACCGGACACCCUUACGCCGUAGGCAACGAAUUGAACGUUGGCUUCCUUGCUUCCCCUGUACCCGGUCCGACGGAGUCGUAUCGCGAAGUCUUUGCGGCGUUGUGCUGGGAUGCGAUGAUGCAGCACGCGCAAGAUGAACGGGAGCUGCAAGAGGCGCUGCUUUCACGAGAGUUGAACCGCGCGAAGGGGUGGGAGGCGACCAUGACGGCGGCGCGAGAGGCAGAGAGCGCCGCUGCCGCAGUCACCGCCCUGUAUGGCAUUACCGCUGCGCAGCGCGACACGCGGCGGGCCGAACACGCGAGGGAGGUAGCGCUGUUCAAGCUAGACCACGCGACGCUUUCCACCUGGCUCACCGUUGCGGGGCGGUGCGCAGGUGAGUCGCAGACGCCCUCUCUCACCUCGGGCUCUACGGUCUUCUCCAACCGGCACGAGACGCACUGCACGUACCGGCAGCGAGAGGAGGACCACCUGCAGAGGCUGGCGCGGGCCUACCUUGCGGAGUGGCUCCUCGCACGCGUGCUCGUACGCCGGGCGCGGCGGGAGCUGCACGCGCUGCAGGCUGCGCACCGGCAGUCGGAGGUGUUUCGCAAAGAGAUGGCGGCGCGCCGCAUUCAGCCGGUGUGGCGCGGCGCCGCAUUGCGGUCUCGUUUGCACCGCCUGCUGCACAGCCGCGAUGCCGCGGACGUUGCGUUCAAUGCGGAGGAUGAGCAGGCGUUUGCGAAGGUGAACGUGAAUGACUGGCUCACGGAGGAUCCAUCGGCGCUGGUACCCGUGGAGUUGCUGCUACACACCGUGGUGGACUCUGCGCGGGAGGUGGCCGCGGUGCCGUUUGAUGUGCCACCGUCGGCGGUUGUGCUCCCGAUGAAAGCAAACCCGACUGCUCCGCCGUCUUCUUUCACAUCGGUAAUACCCAACGGAGAACCGAGUCGUGCCCGCAGCGGUGGCUCCGCUUCUGGUCGUCCGUCACUGCGCCUUCCGCCAGCUCGCCCCGACACUGCCGAGAAGCCUAGUAAAGGUGCUUGCUCGUUGGAGGAGCAGUGGGGACCGGCGGUAGCGGCGCAGAUACGCAAGAAGCAACAGAAGAAUUCACGCGCGCACAACGAGCGAAUGCGCAAGGAAUUUCUGCAGGAUCCACUGCGCGUGCAACAUGAAAUGCGUGGAGACCACUCAGCGCCUAAGCCAAAGUGA